GAAGAAGAAGUAGAAGAAGCUUCCGUUCCGCGGAGCUCUCAGCGCAGAAGAAGAGCAGCAGCAGCGGGCUGCUGUGGUUCCGUUCGCGUAGAGGUUUUGGGUUCUGGUGUUUGGUGUGCCUGCAGGUGUGGCAGAGAUGGAGCCCCCCGGAGGAGGAGAGGAGCUCUGCAUCCUGCUGGUGAGGGACGGGGGGGCGCCGGUGAGCUGCAGGGAGGUGGGCUGCCAGUGGGAGAGUCCCCAGGAGCGCAGGGAGGUGGGCUGCCAGAGCCGCGGCGCCGAGACCCGAGACGCCGGCGUCCAGGUGGACCUCCUGGGUACGCACCUGGGCUGGACACACGCAGGUUCCUCUGCCGUGCUGCUGCAGUGCCUCACAGUCAGACCCGAUGGCGCCGACGGCGGCGCUCUGCUGCAGCACUGCACCCCGAACCGGACCAGAACCAGAACCAUCAGACCUGCAGUCAAACUCUGUGAUGAGCCCACAGAGACCAGAACCAGAACCAGGAAGAGCUCCAGCACCGUCAGACGAAGCCGGCAGCGCAGCGGCUCUCCUGACCUCCCCCAGCAGCAGGAGGAGGAGGAGGAGGAGGUGCAGGAGGAGGAGGUGGGGGAGGUGCAGGAGGAGGUGGGGGAGGUGGAGGAGUUUACAGUGGGGGAGGAAACGGGGGAUCCCACCUGGACCCCUAAAGGAGACACGCCCCCCUCCCCCCCCUCAGACCCGGCGGCGGCGCGGCGCGGGGCUCUGCUGGCGGUGAAGCUGGAGCCCGACAGCACCGUGUGCGACGUGUGCGGUAAGGUGAUGAAGAGCAAGUCCAGCCUGGCGCGCCACUCCUUCAUCCACACGGGCAAGAAGCCGUUCUCCUGCCACCUGUGCGACCUGCGCUUCAAUCGCCGCGACAACCUGCAGCACCACCUGAGCCGCCUGCACCCCGGCGGCGCCGCCCGCCGCCAGAAGCAGCGGCUGGCGCCCGCCUGGCUGUGCGCCGUCUGCGGGAAGACGUUCAGCUGCCGGUCCCGGCUGAAGACGCACGAGGUGAUCCACUCUGGCGUGAAGCCGUUCCGCUGCGACCUUUGCCCCAAAGCCUACAUGCGCUCCAACGACCUGGAGCACCACAGGAAGGUGGUGCACGUGUCCGGCGCCGCCCGCCCGCCGCGCCCCGCCUCCCUGCUCUGCCACCUGUGCGGCAAAGAGUUCAGGUGCCGCUCGCAGCUCGCCGUCCACCUGCAGACUCACACCGGCGAGCGCCCGCAUCUCUGCGACGUCUGCGGCCGAAAGUUCGGCCGGCAGUACCAGCUGCGGCGCCACAAGAUCCUGACGCACCGCGCCGUCGCCGCGGACGACGUCCUGCCGCCCGGCGCCGGCUUCGCCUGCGGCGUCUGCGGGAAGAGGCUGAAGAGCGAGGCGCUGCUGGCGGCUCACGCCCGCGUCCACGCCGGCGACAAGCCGCACCGCUGCGGCGUCUGCCUGCGCGGCUUCCAGCGGGCCGCCUGCCUGAAGCACCAUCAGCUGCAGGCGCACCUGAGGGCCGACGGCGGCCAGCCGCCGCACGCCGCCGCCCUCAGCGCCUUCCCCUGCCACGUCUGCGGCAAGGUGUUCCGCUUCCGCUCCCUGCUGGCGAGCCACGCCCUCAUCCACAGCGACGUGCGGCCGUUCUCCUGCGACUUCUGCAGCCGCAGCUUCCGGCGCCUCGGCCACCUGAAGAGGCACCGCCAGGUGGUCCACGCCGACGGCGCCCGCCUGCCCCAGACCUACGUCUGCCACAUCUGCGGCAAGGACAAGAAGUGCCGCUCGCAGCUCGCCAGACACGUCAUCAUCCACACCGGGGAGCGGCCCUUCACCUGCGACCUCUGCCCCGCCCGCUUCAAUCGCCGCGGCAACCUGCAGCAGCACCAGAGGCGCAUGCACGGCGUGGGCCGGCCGGCCGCCGCCGAGGACACGCCCCUCCUGUUCGAGGACGACGAGGACGGCGUGAGCUGCAAGCAGGAGGAGGCGAUGGAGGAGGAGACGGUGGACGGGGGCGUGGCCUCUGAGCCGUGUGACCCGCUGGCCAAUGAGGACGCUGUAGAGCACCUGGACACCACCUGAAUGGACUGAUGCUCUGAGCGCGCUCAGUGCGCCGCCUAGUGGACCGGCCCUGAUGCAGGUUCUGGUUGUCAUGGGAACGCGGCGAGGCAACUGUCUCCAUGGCAACGGGGACUGGUGGGGGGUGGCUGAAACCGGCCAAUUAGGAAGCAGCAGUUGCUUCCUCAGGUGGAACCCGUCAGAGGAAGUGACUCGGAACCAGCGACCCGUCUGGACCCAGUUCUGUGUUCCUCUGCAGAACGGCGAGGAUGGUUCUGGUGUAAUAAAGGUGUGUUCCACGU